UGUCAAAUGGCUAAAGAAGAGACGUAGGUUGUGUGAAUUUUGUUUUAAAUUUGAAAUUGACCAUUUCUUUGACAUUUUAAAUUCCAGUGAAGAUAUUUAUUCAGAGUGAAUAUGUGAUAAUAAAAAGUGUUUUCGCAGCGCUUAUAGUUUGAUAACUCGCUGGCUGUCAAAAGAAUAAGGUAUAAUACACGGGCGAGCCGAGGGAGCAAGCAUGUUAUUAUUACACUUUUGUGAAUAAUUGUUCAAUAGUAUUUUAAUAGAUUUGCCAUGGAUUCUAAAUAUGCGGCAAUUGGAGGUGUUAAUGAGCUCAGAAAGAAAGCAGCAAAUGUUGAUAAUAUAAAAGUAAAGAAAUUAAAACUGUGUAAAGAAAAUGCACAAGCAAAUAUACACGUGCUUCAAAAUGGUAAAGAAAAACAAACUAAAGUUUUGCCUAAAAUUGUAUCCAGUGAAGAUAUUCAAGAGGCAAGGAGAAAAUUACCCGUGUAUUCUGUUCGUGGCAGAUUAAUAGAGGAGAUAAAGAAACAUCAAACUAUGAUAUUAAUUGGAGAAACAGGUAGUGGUAAAACUACCCAGAUUCCCCAAUUGAUACAUGAAUACAGACUUGAGGGUAAUGGAGCUAUAGCCAUAACUCAACCACGAAGGGUAGCAGCUAUCACAAUAGCGUUUCGUGUUGCAGCUGAAAUGAACACUGAAAUUGGUGCCAUAGUUGGAUAUUGUGUGAGGUUUGAAGAUGUUACCAGCAUAAAAACUAAGGUUAAAUAUAUGACUGAUGGUAUGUUACUCCGAGAAGCCAUACUUGAUCCAUUGUUAAAAAGAUAUUCUAUAGUGAUAUUAGAUGAAGCUCAUGAGCGCACUGUUAGCACUGAUGUUCUAUUUGGUAUAGUUAAAUUAGCACAAAAGGAAAGGAAUGAAAAAAAAUUAAAUCCCUUAAAGGUGAUAAUAAUGUCUGCCACCAUGGAUGUAGAUACCUUCAGACAAUACUAUGAUAAUUGUCCUGUUAUUUAUUUAGAAGGUAGAACCUAUCCUGUGACUAUUUAUCAUUCAAAAAUGAAACAAGAAGAUUAUCAGUAUGCUGCCGUUUGUACAAUAUUUCAACUCCAUGCAACCACUCCAUCCAGUCAUGACUUCCUUGUAUUUUUAACGGGUCAAGAAGAAAUAGAGACAGUCAUGUAUAAUAUAAAACAAAUUGCUAAAGAAGCACCAGGACCUCCAAUUAGAGUGUGCCCAUUAUAUGCUGGUCUCCCAGCACAGAAACAGUUGCAAGUUUGGAAAGAUACUCCACCGGGCAUGCGAAAAAUAAUCCUAGCGACUAACAUAGCUGAGGCAUCGGUCACUAUUCCAACUAUAAAGUGUGUUAUCGAUACGGGUGUCGUUAAAGAAAGGACGUGGUGCGGCGCGUCGGGCGCGGAGCGGCUGCGCGUGAGCACGUGCUCGCAGGCGGCGGGGUGGCAGCGCGCCGGCCGCGCCGGCCGCACCGCCGCCGGCGCCGCCUACCGCCUCUACACCGCCGCCGACUUCGCCGCGCGCCCGCUGCACGCCACGCCGGAGAUCGCCAGAUGUCCGUUAGCACCGACCAUACUGCUGUUAAUAGCGGCAGGUAUAGAGCCAAACACGUUCCCACUCAUCGAGACACCACCGCUGGAUUCUGUCAAAUCUUCUUUAUUGUUAUUAAAAGAAUUAGGUGCUAUUGAUAAUGAUGUAAAUCCUAAAUUGACCACUCUCGGUAAGAAGAUGUCUAUGUUUCCUAUUGAUCCUAAAUAUGCCAAGGUUUUGUUAAGCGCACCAGAGUAUAAUUGUUUAGAGGAGGCCUUAAGUUUGGUAGCAGUAUUAUCAAGUGAAAAUAUCUUUUAUUCGCCAAUGCACAAAAGAGAAGAAGCAUUUAAGGUUAAACAAAAAUUCAUAUCACCUCUAGGAGAUCAUCUCACUCUGCUGAAUGUAUACAAAGCUUUCUGCAAAGCAACACUGAAAAAGCAAUGGUGCAAAGAGAAUUUUCUCAAUCAUAAAAAUCUUUCGUAUGCGUGUGAGGUGCGACAACAGUUACUUACCGUCUGUCAAAGGUUAAAUUUAUCUGUAUCCAGCUGUGGGCCCGCUACUGACCAGUUACUAAAGUGCUUACUGAGUGGGCUGUUUACAAACUGCGCGUGGUUGCGCGGCGGGCCAGGUAUGGCGGCGGGGGCGCGGUACGUGACAGGCGCGGGGGCUGCGGCAAGCGUGCACCCCGCCAGCGUGCUUCACGCGGUCCGGCCCUCGCCCCCUGCCCUGCUGUACUCCGAGAUGCUGCACACCCGCCGCACCUACCUCCUCACGGUUUCCGUGAUACAGCCCCAGUGGUUGCACCAGGUCGCCCCCGAGUAUGCUCGUCGGUGUCGCGCCAGUCGGUGACGGUGACCGAGUCGAACCGCUUUUGCCUCAUUCUCACGGAAAUUUCAGAAAACAAUAUGCAGCUAAACAAUGUAUCAACGGUUAUAUAAACAGAUACUCGGUUUACUACCACUUGCUUAUUCGGUGAGUUUUGUCUUAAAAAAAAAGUGUAUAUGUUGCAGUGUGAACAGGGUCUCUGUACACUCAAUCGAUUUGAUAUGUAGCUUACUGUAAAUCUUACUUACUGUAAAUGCCUAUUGUCUUGAGGUUAACCCAACAAUAUUUUAGGUUAACUAAAAUAUCAAGUUGGUUGAGUGCGCGUACUAUACAUCUACCUCUUUAUGGUUUGGGACCGAAUUUUCAUUGUUACGUAUGUCAUAGACGAAGAGGAUCCGCCUAAUAAAAUUAUAUAAUUUGUAAUUAAGAUAUUGUUGUAGAUCUAAAUAAAUUACUAUCUGUGUAGAUGUUAUUGAUUAUUGUUUAAUAUAUAAUAAGCGUUAACAUAAUAAAUAUAUAAAUAAUGGCAUAGAAAAUUUGGAAUGUAAAAUGUGGAAUGUCUAUUAGCAAUAGAUUUGAUAACGGCUAAUAAUCCAUUUUAAUCAUGUAUUUUUAAAUGUAAUUUUUAGCAAUGUUUUUAGUUUUCGAUUUGAGCGUGUUUAAUACUUUAUAUUUUAAGGUUUUGUAUAUCUUUGUUGUAUUUGGAAAGUCUUAGAAUAUGUAAACAUCGUUUUUAGACACGAAUUAAAUUAUCGAUAUGAUAGAACAUGUUGUAUAGUGUGUGUAGUACUGUGUUGCUUACAGCUUCCUAUAUGCCACUCCUGAGAAUUAAAGCUGCGUUCACAUACAGACGUCUCUUGUAUGUACCAAAUUUUAAAGAGAACUACAUUUGUAGGCAAAUAUUAAAACAUGAGCAUUUACUUAGAAAAUAUAAAGAAAAAUAUAUACAUACAAGUUUUCACAUACACAUACUUACUUCUACAUACUCUAUUCUUCUCUCUUUGAUCUUUAUACGUACAAACUUGUACCUAAUUUUUGUGUAAGCUAUAGUCUGAAUGCUCUCAAUAUAUCGAUCAUGCUUUUUUACGUACUUAAGUAUUUAACUAGCACUUUAUUAUUAAUUCUAGAGAAAUAUUUACUGGUACACAAAGUAGGAAUAUAAUGCGUAUACUUCUAAUUGAAAUUCUUUUACAGCAAUACUUUUAAGUGAAAUCUGGGAAUUUUUUGGCCGUCUCUGUUAACAUAGUAUGCGAAGUUAUAAAUAUAUAAAUAUAAAUAAAUUUAAACUAAUCUUUCAUCUUCGAGAAAAACGGUAAAUGCUUUUCUCAUUAUCACUCUGGUGAUGGAGCUCAUUUAUCGACGAUCGUCUUAUCGAGAGCCUAUGCGUAGAUUGCUUAAUGUCCUUAAUGGUUUAUUACUUGUAGGGGAGCAACGCCCACAGUUGCUGCCGACUUUAUUGUUUUCCUUAAAGUGAUUUCUUAGCAAUUUUGUUAAAAAGUUAAAAGCAUCUUAGAUGUUAUAUAUACUUGUAAUAUCUAUUGGCGGAAUGGUGGUAUUGUAAUUUUGUUAAGUUGUUUUACAACCAUCAGUGACCUAUUUAUUAUUCAUGAGUUCAAUGAGCAAAAUGAGGCGUAGUGUAGUGAUUGCUCACUACACUAUGAGAUCUGUGUCUGUUUUAUAUUUGUUUGUGGCAUUGUACCUCUCAAAUUAUUAAAUUAAAUCGUAUUAAAAAUGUCAUUUUAUAUUUGAAAGCUUUUAUAUUUUAAUAGUUAUUUGAUUUAAUUGGUUUUUAAUUGUAGUAAGAGGUAAUUAGUUUACUUUUUUCAUGUCGUAUAAACAUUUCUAUGUUAAGAGGCCUUUAAAAUUUGUCUUGUUUGCAUAAAGCUAUAUAAAAAACGGGAUCUUUGGAGUUCUGCUUCUAAAGAAUUAAGGGUUUUGGUAUACAUUUUGGUUCCUGAUUUAUAAAUAGAUGGAUUUAUUCUUAUGAUAGCGUUUUUAAAUUUCUAUUUUGUCAUUAUUAUUAUGUAUCAAUUUAAUUCUAAUUUCCAAAACCGUUUAUUAAAAAACGCUCAUAUGUAGAAGUUUGGGGUCGUUGUUAUAGCAGUUCUAUUUCAAAUUUAAUCUGAAGCUGGUAUGACAACUUUACAUUAACAAUACUUUACUUAACUUUGCAUGUAAAACUGGUAUGGUAUUGUAAUUAAAACUUGGUAAUUAUUCUUAAUCUAAACAAAUUGUUCUUAAUUGAAUUCUACUUUUUACUAAAUCUGACCGAAAGCAUUUGAAAAACAUUUAACAAUAAGAAUUUUGCUUAAAAAUAAUGAAGUUUAAAAAUGUAUUAAACAUUUUUAAACUUGUAAAAAAAUAAAGAAUUUAGAAAAAAAAAGCCAGUGAUAAUAUGUGUAUUGUAAUAGUCCUCUUAAUAAAAAAAUGGAAUAUAAUAUAGUAUAUUAUUUAGAUUAUUAUAAAUUGACCAGUUAUGUUUUUAAGACAGAUUAUUAACUAAUUGGUAUUUGUAGGUACUUAUGAAUAAGGAGAAUAUUUCUAAGCGAUUUAUUGUAAUUUACCACAAAAUGAGAUGCAGCACAUUAGUUUUUAUUAUCUACUUAUAUCAACUAUCUAUUUUUAUAUAAUAUAAAUAACGUCAAUGACUGUCGUUGUUUUGUUAGUAUAGUAUAAAGUUCGUAAUCCAUUUUGUAUUGUUCCUAUUAAAUGAUAAAUUUAUUUAACUUUUAAUCUUAAUAUCUGGAAAACAAUUAAUUAUUAUUAAUUAUAUAAAUAUAAUGUAAAAAUAUAACAAUUAUAACAUAGAGCUGACAACGGUAGGCGGUGAUUUAUAUCUAUUAUUAUUAUCGUCUUUUGAUUACACAUUCAACAUGAUAUUUUGCAAUUUCGAAAUAUGAAAAUUAUAUCUUUAAAAUAUACAAUUUACGCCUAUCGAUUUAGGUUAGUUAAAAUGUUUGUAUUAAUAAGUGCUCAUUUUCGUGUUUACAGUUUUUAAAUAAUUGACGUUACAGACAUCAAAUAACCGAUGGCUCUUUUCUACAUUACUAGCGCCAAUUUUGACAUAGAAAGGGUUAAAUUUGUUUAUCUGUUGUAUUAUAAAAUACCUACAUCUUUUAUACAUUUCUACUGACAAAAAAGCUGUUUACAAUAUAACAAUGUGGACUAUAUGUAUUUUAAUGUUUAUGUGAAUUAUGUACAUUAAUACAUAUAUAGAUGUAAAUUUUAUAUUAUUAAAAUGAAACUUAUGUACAGAAACACUUACAUUCCGAUAUUUUUUUUAUAGGUAAUAAUGGAAUGGUAACCCCACCCGCGCUAUCGGUAUACACCGGCGGGGUACCAGUGAAGUAUGAUAGAUGAAGAUGAAUUAGUUCAGUUAGCCCAUCGUGACGAAUUCAACGAGAAUUGUUCACGAUGGUUUCCAGAGGGAACCACGUGGAGGUUGACCUGAUUAGGGCUGAUAUUGUUAGCAAUGGGGCUGUCAAACUCCAUUGCUAACAAUCCCUUUCUCCCAUUCCGAGAAGAUUGUAAUAUUGUCACAUUGUAACUGGCAAUUUUGCUCACGUUGCCGUGGAAAUUUGAGAAAAUCGCUUAGUUUUUUUUUCUUAAUCUCACCUAUAUCAUAGUAAUAUUUGUGUAAAAUUUAAAACUUUUAAUCUCAGCGGUAUAGCUGUGAAUUGUUAGUCAGUGUUACAGAAAGAAAAACGAGUUUAAUUAAUUUUACAAGUAUUUAUUUAUCAUUUAGUAUGCUUUUUUAUAAGAAUCCACGAAAUUUUGAACACAGAUAUAAGAACUUAAUAAUAGGAUGGUGUUCAAUAGAUUGAUGCAUUAUAGGAAGAUAAUCAUAGAAUUUUCAUUGUACUUAAAUUGAUUGUAUAUUUAAUGGCUUUUCAUCAUUCUUAUACAGAGUAUGUAUAGGUCAAACCUAUCAUGCUAUAAUAUUAUAAUGAAUAUAUAUGCAUUCCCACUAUUGAACAUGGGUAUCACAUCGUAAGAGAAGAAUAUCAAAAACAUUGGUUGGUCGGUUUCAUUUCGAGUUUUCUUUGUCAUGAAUUGGCGUAGGUAUAAUUGUGCUUUGUUCCUUUAAUCGCCUUUUACGACAGGGUGGAGAUGAAAUGUUUUUUUUAAUGGAUGAUAAUGGAAUUGUAAUCUUGCCUGCGCUAUUGAUUUACGUUGGCGGAGUACCAGUGAGUGAUAGUUAAAUCAGGAUAAAUUCACGUUUGUCAGCUUAUUGUGAUGAAUACUUCAGGAAUUACAUACGAUAGAUUGCACGAAGAACCGCUUUGUGGUCGACGACUGUGGGGCUGUUAGUCUCCGUUAUUAAAAUUUCUUUUCCCUCCCCUCUCUGGGUACUUGAAUUAUUAAUACGAACAGUAUGGUUUUGUGGUCGAUGUAGUGUGAAAGAUUUAAAAAAUAUUUUUCUAGGGAGAACUUGCUUCGAGCCGAGAGAAAUUAAAAAAAUCCGAUUCAUGUAAUGAAAACAAUUGUUGAUUAUUUUAGAUGCUUAACUCUUUCACUAUUGUAACAAUUAUACUAAGUUGCUUUUAUUAAUUAUAACAUGGUGCUAAUAUUUUGUACUAAUCGUAUAGGUAACAUGUAGCUACACUUAAGUGUCUAAUUGAGUAUAUGUAAGUACUAUUUUUACUGUUGACCCUUGAAGAAUAUGAUAUGAAAUAAACAAUACAUCGCCAGUUUAAA